UGUUUUGAUAACGUAUCAGUGUCCAUUGUUAGCACGGAUGAGUUUGUCGUUUAUCACUAGUGCAGUGAUAGUGGAUACUUGAAUAUCACUUCAAGGAAUUACUGUAUCCUGCGGGAUAUUAUUGGCGUAUUGGAGCUUGUGAGGAAGCGAAAAUGAAGUCAAAAUUUCAACUAUCCUUGGAGAACAUUCCGAGGCAGUCGAGUUUCGCCUGUCUGUCCUUGAAAUUUGGAAGCGUUUUGUCCGCUUUGAUUUUGAUUCUAUACUCUGUAUUCGUGCUAGCACAAUGUCUAGCGGCGCUCAACAUCCUGCCUCAACACUGGACGCCAGAGGACGUCGACGUCAUGGUGUCAUAUGGAGUCGUCGUGGGUGUCACCAUUGCUCAUACUAUCACGCUGUUUCUUAGCACGAUCAUGCUGAUUGGUGUUCUGAAGGAAAAAUGCCAGCUAGUUAAACCCUGGAUAAUCUGGACGUCUCUUCAAGUGCUGGUCUCCAUACUCGUGUUCGUGUUUUGGUCAACAAUGAGUGUCAUCAACCACUAUGGAAGUAACACCCUCCUGAUUUACGUUGUCGAGUUUUUGGGCCUCAUGGUCCGGUUCUACAUGCUAAUGAUAGUAUCAAGCUUCUACAAGAAUCUAGAAGAGAAGACCCAAGAAGAGAGGGAGAGGUUGCGAAAUUUAGUGGUAUCUGAAAAUUGGUAUAAUUCAGCUUGAAAUCUUUUUUAUUUAAUUAAGGGCAUUUUCUUUAUUUAUAUUGUUUGUUUAUAUUGUUAUUUAAUAAUAAAUUUUAUUCUUAUA